AUGUCUCAUUUGAGCAAGUUUGGGAAAAGGCUCCUCCGGUUGAAGCAAAGGGGCUUCCACUACUCGAUUCAUCAAUCAGCAACGGCUUCGUUAGCUUACGAUGCUUAUCAUAACUGCGACGACUUCCAUGAGAAGUACUUGAAGCAGUUUGAUCAGACGCCGUAUACAUCUCCUCCGAACCAAAGGCUAUGCUCACUGGCCAAAACCUUGGGCACAGAGGACAGAGAUAAAGGGUUCGAAAGGAUUGAAAUCCUCAAAGCAUGGCUCCAGGGCACAGUGUUGGCCGGAAAGCACACAAAUGCACUCGUUAUUCUUUCAAUUGAGUCCAUGACUCCGAGACAUCGAGACUAUGCUCCUGCAUUCAAACGGCCGCCACAGCAUGGCAUCAAUACACUGGCUCUCGCGGCAGUUUUGAAGUCUCCUGCUUUUACUGUUCCAAUCAUCCAGAUUCCCUAUCAUUCAAAUGUUACAGGACGUGAAGAAAUGCUUCCGUUUUCAGUUGCACUCAUGAGUUCACCCGGUGAGUGA